CAUAAAAUUUCUGGAAUCUUAUUACCUGAUUCUGGUCACCAAGCGUCGGCAAAUUGGAUGUGUAUGCGGUCAUGCAAUUUACAGUAUAGAUGAAAGUCAACUGGUUCCGAUUCCGCAUGUUUCUAUUCAAACCGAUGUUUCCCAUUCUAAGACCGAAUUGUGAUAUUUCAAACUUGAAUUUGUAGUCGGGGUCCUGGAAAAUUACUAAAAUGUUCUUAGAAUGAUGUCUUAUGAUCUUCCAACAUCCUUUGAGUUAUAUGUAUAUAUCAAUUAAACCCCAGUUUAAAUCUCAAAUCCUCAGCUUCUUCUAAACCAGGUAAUGCUAUUUACCAUACUAUUAUUUUGUAUAUCUCAGCAACUAUUUCAGUUUUACAAAUUAUGUAAAGGAAAUAUUAUCUAUGUUAUAUACUAGAACCGUUAAAGAGGACCUUCCACUUCCGGUAAUGGAAGGCUUGGAUACUUUAGUAGCUGUAAGUGAUAUCCCUUUUGUUGUAAAAUUGUUGGUAUUACUGAUGAUUAUCACAGUUUCAUUGAUAAUUUUUUUUUCCUACAGAAAACUAAAGCCCCACCAACACACAUUUAGCCAGAUCCAUAUGGUUUGAAAUUUAUUCUUCUCAGCGUAUGAGAACAUUUUUGUUUUUUUUUUUCUUAGAAAAGAAUAUGUUUAAUCAAAUCCUACAAUCUUCAGGGAAAGAAACCGAAGGAUGUAGUGAUGCGGUAAUAGAAAAGAGGACCGGUGAAGUGUCGAAUUUUCUUGACAUGUUAAGGAGUGUCUCUGAGGUUGGCAUUGAGGGAUCAAAAACUCAUGACACAGCAUCUCAUCCAGAAUGGAAAUUAAAGCAGGACAAUGAAGAGUUUCGUGUUAUGUAUCGCGAAGGGCCACAAGGCUCUCCCUUUCAUUCAUUACUUGUAGAAGGCUAUGUAAAUGGACCUUUAGAUGUUUGCUUAUGUAUUUCAUGGGAGUCAGCACUUUACAGGAAAUGGUGGCCUCAAUCGACAAUCCACGUAAUAAAACGAUUAGUUUUAUUUUAAGAAUCAUGUGGUAAAGCCUUUUUUAUUUAACAAACUUUCAACCUACUUUCCCAUGAAUUUGUUUAAAUUAAUAAAAAAUGACAGGACGUCGUAUAAAUAGUCAAAUAAAUUAUUUAUCUUUUAGUGUAUGUAUAAACUCCUUUAUAUGUUUAUGUUUGUUACUAUUUUUAUUUUUAUUA